AUAUAGAUAGGUAUGGCCCUACGACUCCUUGCAGACAGAAGAGCCUUGAGACAGAGGAAACCCAGACUUUCUUCUCAGACGCCUUCCUGCUGCCACCAUGAAGAAGGAAAUAUUAACCCUGGCCUUUGCUCGAGCCGUCUUCGUGGAGUUCGUUGCCACGCUCAUCUUCGUCUUCAUCGGCCUCGGCUCAGCCCUGAAGUGGCCGUCCGCCCUCCCCAGCAUCCUGCAGAUCUCGCUGGCUUUUGGUCUGGCCAUCGGUACGCUGGUGCAGGCGUUCGGCCACAUCAGCGGCGCCCAUAUCAACCCAGCUGUGACCAUCGCCUUCUUCGUGGGCAACCAGAUCUCCUUCCUCCGGACGCUCUUCUACGUGAUAGCCCAGCUGCUGGGGGCCAUCGCUGGGGCUGGCAUCCUCUACGGCGUAACGCCGGCCAAUACCCGCGGCAACCUGGCCAUCAAUGCGCUCAACAACAACACGACCCCGGGCCAGGCCCUUGUGGUGGAGAUCAUCCUCACCUUCCAGCUGGCUGUGUGCAUCUUCGCGUCCACGGACAACCGCCGGAACGGCAACGUGGGCUCUCCAGCGCUCUCCAUCGGCCUCUCCGUCGCUUUAGGCCACUUGGUCGGGAUCUACUUCACCGGCUGCUCCAUGAACCCAGCCCGGUCCUUCGGUCCCGCGGUCAUCGUGAGGAAGUUCAGCACCACGCACUGGGUCUUCUGGGCCGGGCCCAUCCUCGGGGCUUGCCUGGCUGCGCUGCUCUACUUCUACGUCCUGGUGCCCUACUGCAUGAACAUGUCUGACAGGAUGGCCAUCAUCAAGGGCACGUACGAGUCGGAGGAGGAGUGGGAAGAGCAGCGGGAGGAAAGGAAGAAGUCCAUGGAGCUGACCUCCCCGUAGGAGCUGACGGGAAAGCAGACGAUGGGGAGGAAGGCUCGCAUACGGGCUCACGUGUGCGCAAACCGAGGCAAUGAACAAAGCCAGCAACAGCAGACUCUCAAGCAAAAAAAGUCUAAUAACUCAAAGACCACCUGUGACCAAGAACGAACGGAGCAUCAGCGUUUGUGUAUCUAAUCUCCCGACGUGAGCGCGAGCGCUAGAAACCCUCCUAGCUUGUCCGUAGCCCGCGAAGCCCGGCGCAGGAGGCUCAGCCCAGGGCAGCCUUUCCGCCGGGUGUUGGUACCCGCUCAGCCGCAUCCCUGCCUUUGACGUGGGAGGCUUGCACGUUUUUCAAAGAGGCCCGAGAGCACGUUUUUCUGGCACAUCCAGAAUUUCGCCUGUGCGUUUGGUGGCCCAGGAGAUGGAAACACCUGGUAGAUACUGGGAAAGAAGGAAGACCACUCGGGGCAGGUGGAUGCACCAAAAUCCCCCGCUUUCUCCCUGCCACAGACCCACGUUGCUCGUAGAUGCUUUCCUGCAUUAGCUGGUGCUGGUGAGUCCUAUUUAUUCAUGGCUGCCGGAAGAACGUGAUUUUUGGAUUUUGUGUCGAGAUCCUUGUAAUAUAGUGUAUUAUUUAUUGUGAAUAAAGGAAAUUAAAAAAAAGUCACAGGAGA